AUGUCUCCUGCCGCUCCGCCUCAGACAAAUGGCGUGCCAUCCUCUUCGCCUGGCGGCUCCGCGUCUCAGACCGUUAACAACACCCAGUCGCAAUCCCAGCCAUCCAACUCCCAGACACAACCAGCUACCAACGGCGUAGCUUCAAACUCACAACCAUCGCAGUCGCAGUCGCAGCCCCAACCAUCAGCAGCAGCAGCACAGGGCUCCCCAGCAGCUGCCGCUGCAGCCUCCCAACCUGCGGCACCGACCUCACCUACCAGCUCCGCCCCGAGACCGCGCGACCAGCGCACAAUCGAGCUACUCCUUAACGCUCAAGGUGUUACGGCCUUCGAAUCUCGCAUACCCCUUCUUCUGCUCGACUUCGCCUACCGACACACCGCCUCUGUGCUAAGCGACUCCAUCUACCUCGCCGCCGAUCCAUACACUACACAUGCCGGAUCCAAGCCAUCUGCCACGGCUGGUGGCACGGCUACGGUUCCAGGCAGUGGCGGGGACGCAACCGUGACCGCCAAUGCUGUGAAAUUGGCAAUCGGCGCACGGCUGGCUUACCAGUUUCGCGGCGGCGGCGGCGCGACCGGCGGCGGCGGCAUCAGCAAGGACGCUCUUGCGAGUCUAGCUGCCGAGAGGAACAAGGUUGCGUUGCCGCGUGUGCCGCCCGGCGAAUGGGGCGUGCGACUGCCGAGUGAGAAGUUUGUGCUUAGCGGUGUAGGUUGGGGGCUUCGAGAUGUUCUCGCGAGGAAUGGCGAAGAUGAUAGUGAAGAAGACGACGACGAAGACGAGGAGAUGGUUGACGCCAUGGAACAUCAGCCGAACGAUGAAGAUGUCGGCGGCGAUGGAGUCGAGGGUGGUACAAUGGAGGAUGUCUUUGGUGCAGGCCAAGACGCGCAGGUCGGCGAGCAGGUUGGUGAGGAGGAUGUUGACAUGACUGCGGACGCGGCAAUAUUGGCGUCAAACAGGUUCUCACCAGCUGCAGGUAGCGAUGCUCUGAGGGAUUGGGCAGCUUCGGGACAGCCGCUCUACGCAUCUACGCCAUCCCCUCCAUUUGCAAUGUCACCAUUUGCAAUGUCGCGUACAGGUGAACGCUCCUGGGCUGAUGAUACGACAAUCGGUGAUCCUCAGGUGACGGCCAGUGCUGAGUCCUCCAUAUCAUCGAAUGAGGCAGGGGCGCACGAAGACAGCCGCAAGUUGGGCGGCGACACUCACACCCUAGAUAGCAACGAUACCGGCGCCAUUCAGAAUCCUCCUCCGAUACUCACUUUACCCAGAUCAGCAGAUGCCGGACGAGCGACUGAUGGAAGUGGACAGUGGACGCUGCAGGAAAAUCCACUGAGCAUUCUGAACAUUCCGCGCUCCUAUUGGCCAGAAUCUUACUUCGGUCAUAUGGCAUCGGCGACUGUGCCGUCAAACAGAGGCCGGCCUGAGACCCUGUACGAGACCAGAGCUGUGCACGCAGAGCGUGCGGUCAAUGGUUUGUCUGGAUGUUUACAAUCAGCACAAGCUCAGUCCAUCCUCGGGGACUCCAUCGGGCAGUACGGACGCCCUACUGAUCCAGUCUUAUCUGAGCGACUCGUCACUCCAGACUCAGCGCCAGGGCAGAGCCUAGGGCCACAACCAACAAAUGGCUUGUCGAAUGCGCAGCCUGGGUUACCUGGUACCGGGUAG